UCCAGGAACCCUUCCACCCGCCAAAAUGGCUCAAACCAAUCCCAUGCCAGGGUCCGUGGGGCCAUGGAAGAUUACCAUCUAUGACCAGGAGAACUUUCAGGGCAAGAGAAUGGAAUGCACCAGCUCCUGCCCAAAUGUCUCUGAGCGCAGUUUUGAUAAUAUCCGAUCUCUCAAGGUGGAAUGUGGCGCCUGGAUUGGUUAUGAGCAUACCAGCUUCUGUGGACAACAGUUUAUCCUGGAGAGAGGAGAAUACCCUCGCUGGGACGCCUGGAGCGGGAGUAAUGCCUACCACACUGAGCGCCUCAUGUCCUUCCGGCCCAUCUGUUCAGCUAAUCAUAAGGAGUCCAAAAUUACCAUCUUUGAGAAAGAAAACUUUAUUGGACGCCAAUGGGAGAUCUUUGAUGAUUACCCUUCCUUGCAAGCCAUGGGUUGGUUCAACAACGAAGUUGGUUCCAUGAAGAUACAAUGUGGGGCUUGGGUUUGCUAUCAGUAUCCUGGAUACCGUGGCUACCAGUAUAUCUUGGAAUGUGACCAUCUUGGAGGAGACUAUAAACACUGGAAAGAGUGGGGUUCUCAUGCCCAGACUUCCCAGAUUCAAUCGAUUCGCCGUAUCCAACAGUAGUGGAUUAAAAGCUCCAAGAGAAUUAAUUCCUCAAGCGCGAGACCUUGUUAAGCAAUCUAGAAUGAGCUUUAUGUUCUGCUCAGACACUGCUUACAAAUGUUAGCUGCUGAAAUACAUAAUAAAUGUCAUUU